AUGGACAACGCACCACGCUCUAUCCUUGAACGCCAGCAAUCGCGCAACGACUCCUCCCUCCAAGGUUCAUGUCCCUGGUGUCUUUUGUCCGGACCUAAUCUUGGCAUCAGUGAAGAACGUGUUGCCAGGGGAGACUUGCUGGUGCAUCGCGCUCUGUGUCUGGGCCGGGAUGGCGAUGGAAACACCUUGGGCAUCGAGGAAAAAUGCCUUCUCCCCGAUUGCAAGUCCAAAAUACGAGAUCCAAAUCCAACCUCGUUGGAAAUGCACUACCGGCGAAACCACCAGAUCAGGCUCAGAGAUUUCCCCGACGUGAAGUUGCUGUACAGGCGCUGUCGGCGUGGAGAUGAUCCGGAUUUUGACAUGAACGCCGACUGGGGCUACUUCCUGACCAAAAAGUCGCCGAUUCGAGGAUUCCUGAUCGACCUCUGGCAGGCAACCAUAAAUGGACUGGAUUUCAGGGCAAAACAUCUCCCAGAAGUACUGCGAGGCUACCGUCGCGAUUUCGUACGCGUCUUCAUUGCAACCCCGGUCUCGUUCCACGCUCAUGCUAGUGAUGCAAUUCCCGUCAUACCAUCCAUGGCUCUUGUUCUCGAGCAGACUCCGCCGGAUCGUCUAAAAAGGGGCUUGACAGACGCUCAAAGGAACAACUGUCUGAUAGCCACCUUCGAAUCACAGAUGGUGUCAUACCACGGGCCUAUGGCAAACGGAGGUCGAGGACUUCUGUGGAAUCAGAAGAACGUCCGCAUCGGCAAUCCCCAGAUAAUCGCUUUAGCCUACGCCACAGACAAGCGCCGCCUUUUGAAAGAAUUCAAGAACCUCGUCGCGACUGGCCACGUCGCAAUCAUACUGGAAAUGGUGAGCCAGAAUGAUGGGAGGGUCGUCACGGCACAGGAAUGGAAAAUGAUAUGCGAAUGCUGCGAGGAAGCAGGCAUAUAUCUUGUCGUGGACGAGGUCUUGACCGUCUGGCGCUGUGGCGCACCCUUUGCGCAUUUGUUACCACAGUAUAGUGAGUACAAGCCGUCAUUCGUGGUAUUUGGGAAGGCUCUCGGGGCAUGUGGUCUUGCUGUACACUGGGAUGGCGUCCACCUCAAUCGUCUCGGCUACGCAAAGCCUUGCUACGCAGACGACGCAGCCAACUUUAUCGACCUGUGGGAUCACAAGCCGUCCAGGGUGGUCAACCCCAACGACGCCCUUCGAUCGUGGGGCUAUAUCAUGCUUUCUGAAGAAGACAGAUGGUGCGCACGGGCGUUGCAGAUUGGAGAGAAUUUACGGAGGGCGGUGGCUGAGCGCCACCCAAACGUCCCCGUCGGGGGCUCUGGUGCUCUUAUCUACCUUCCAUCCGAAGUUGCUGGAGAGAUGGAUAUCGUGGGGGCGGCGGUCAAUGGCGACUUGAUCCGCUGGCUCCCUUACCUGGACGAGGGUUUGACCGAAUUCGAACAUGUCAUGGAGCUGUUCCAGGACUCAGGAGCAGCCAUGCGACAAGCGCUGGCUAGGUCAUAUCAAAAUGUCACCAUGAUUAGAUGCAUCUCUUGCAGUGACUACCUCCAUGAGGUCAUGUACGCGUGCAAGAAGUGCGGUGGAAAUCUUUGCGGUCUUUGUGUGGCUCGAGGCGCCAGCGAAAGACAUCAGGAGGAAAGGUGUCUCUCAGGGAACAGGGAAAGCUGA